AUGAUCAGACGCAUCUGCAGCGUUUCCUCGGCCAACCCCAUCCCGUCUCUGUGGUCCCAUCACUAUAUUGACCCGUCGUCGCCCAAACAGAGGACCGGCAGCAUGUUGCUGGAGCACCCGGGAACGAGCUGUCAGAACUCAGGGAAUUUCUCCCGAUACGGUUCGAGCCAAGAGAUCCCAGUGUGUGCGGGCUGCAACCAGCACAUCGUGGACCGCUUCAUCCUCAAGGUGCUGGACCGCCACUGGCACAGCAAGUGCCUCAAGUGCAGCGACUGCCAGUCCCAGCUGGCCGAGAAGUGCUUCAGCCGGGGGGACAGCGUGUACUGCAAAGAGGACUUCUUUAAGAGAUUUGGGACAAAAUGCGCCGCGUGUCAGCAAGGCAUCCCGCCCACCCAGGUGGUGCGCCGGGCGCAGGACUUCGUGUACCACCUUCACUGCUUCGCCUGCAUCGUUUGCAAACGGCAGCUCGCCACGGGGGACGAGUACUACCUGAUGGACGACAGCCGGCUCGUGUGCAAGGCAGACUACGAGACAGCCAAACAGAGAGAAGCCGACUCGACUGCCAAGCGGCCGCGAACCACCAUCACAGCCAAGCAACUAGAGACGCUGAAGAACGCCUACAAUAACUCACCCAAGCCCGCCCGCCACGUACGGGAACAGCUCUCCUCCGAGACGGGCCUCGACAUGCGGGUCGUGCAGGUGUGGUUCCAGAACCGGCGAGCGAAGGAGAAGCGUCUGAAGAAGGACGCGGGCCGCCAGCGCUGGGGCCAGUACUUCCGCAACAUGAAGCGGUCCCGGGGCAGCUCCAAGUCGGACAAGGACAGCAUCCAGGAGGAGGGCAUGGACAGCGACGCUGAGGUCUCCUUCACAGACGAGCCCCCCAUGUCGGAGCUGGGCCACACUAACGGCCUGUACGGCAGCAGCCUGAGCGAUUCGUCCCCGGCCAUCGGGGGGCGCCAGACGGGGAACAGCAACAGCAACAACCACGGCUCUUCCUUCCCCCUGGAGCACGGCGUCCUGCCGUCCCAGGACCAGUUCCACGACAUCCGCUCCAACAGCCCCUACGCACUGCCGGGCUCCCCGGGCUCGCUGCAGGCUCUGCCCAGGCACCCCCCUCUCGUCUCGGGCCUGGUGUACCCGGAGUCGGGGAUCUCGAUCAUGAGCCAGGGCGGAGGCCCCGGGAUGAACCCCGCCAUCAGGGGCUUAGCCCUGGGCCACGGAGCCAACGGGCCCCACUCCGACCUGUCCACGGGCAGCAGCGGCGGCUACCCGGACUUUCCCGCCAGUCCUGCGUCCUGGUUGGACGAGGUAGACCACGGGCAGUUUUGAUUGGUUUAUUGAGAAGGAUUUUGACUUUUUCCCCUUUGGUGGCGGUGGGGGUCGUAGAUGAAGCUAUGAAAUAGUCACGAUGGACUGCAGGUCGCAGGAAAAGAGGAAAGCACUCGGAGUGGACAGUUCUGGCGGGGAUGUGUUCGGAUCUUUGGUUCGGUAUCACCUCAUAUCAGGUUCAAGUUCAAUUCGCUUUCAGACAAUACAAGAGAGUAGAAAUGUCAAUACAUCAACGCACUUGCCUCAAAUUUCAGCCUCCGUCAAACAACAUAAUGUGAAAAAUCCAGAAUACUUUGGACAAUCUUGUCGGAAUUGGCACGAUAAAACUACCACCGCGCAUACGGACUCUCUCAUGGGACCGUUUCAAACCAUAGUUACAAAUGAAUUUUUUUACCCUACUGUCCCAAUCUCACCUCCUUUUGUCUCGUUUUAUACAUCUCAAUGUCCUUAGGUGCAGAUUUUGGUUCAAAAGUCAACGUCUUUAGGUGUCUGGUUGUUGCC